AGCGGGAAUCAUUAAAACCAGUUUGCUGGCUUGCGACUUACGUCUGUCAUACGCAGGUCGUUCAAUGUAUGUGUUUGUCUGCCGAUAUAACGUUGUCGCACGCGUCUCUUCUAGAGAUGAUGUCAUGUCUCCCCGAGACUAAAUCUGUGUUUAGACUGAAAUCGGUGCGGAGAUCGUUCAUACCAUCUGAAUAGUGUGUGUGUUUGUCGAUAACCACAAUCGUUCUGACAAUCGUUCUUACAAUCGUUCAAUGUAUGUGGCCAUUUUGAGUGGGGCGUGAUGAUAAAAAGGUUGAGAACCACAAUUUUAGACCACUGAGAGGUUAAUAUCUCAAAAGGAAAAUAAAACCGAAAGGGCAUCUUGAAGGAAAUACUGCAAAAGGAGAAGAUCGCCGAAAACAGAUGUUAAAUGAAAAAAUCCCGCCAAGUUCUUUGAAGACGUCGUUUGAAAUCAGAGAAAACUUCAGCCCGGAAACGACACCGGACACGACUGGAAUCAGGAGUGACUCAGAGGCAGCCAAAUUGGUAUGCCACUAUCUUUGACUUAGCAAGCAGAUAUCGUAGGAUAAAAGUCCAAAAUCAAAGUUAGGUUCCCCGCGGUUUUGACUCGACCGCCGUCAUGAUGCUGAAAUCGUUGCUGCAAAGAAUCGGGAUUCUCUUUUACAUCGUUGAUCCGACAGAAGAAUUCAGUACGAAAGAAGAUGUUCCAAAUUAUCCCCAAGAGGUCGUUUACUUGCUCUUCUUCCUCAUCCUGCUUGAAGCCGGAAUCAAGGUCCUGCAAGGGAAGCAAGUGAGGGUCAACGAAGCCUUUUCCUCCUUGGCUGCUGGAAUUAUGCACGAAACUACCGUAUUCAUUGCAGGGGCCAUUAUGUUUUUCGGGUACGAGUGGCUUUACGACAGACGUUUCUUCGAUCUGCCCUGGAAGUCCUCCCUGGCAACUUGGUUCGCCACUUUCCUCUUCAUUGACUUCAUCUAUUACUGGAUACACAGAGCCAAUCACGAAAUCAACUUCAUUUGGGCCUUCGGCCAUCAGAUGCACCACUCAGCAGAAGACUACACCUUAUCCACGGCUCUCAGGGUAUCUGUCUUCCAAAGAGCCUUGUCGUGGGGCUUCUACCAGCCCUUAGCACUGGUUGGGUUUCCUUUUCCCGUCGUAUUGUCACACGCAGGACUCAACUUCAUCUUCCAGUUCUGGGUCCAUACCGAGCUCAUCCGGUCGCUCGGACCUCUGGAAUACGUUUUCAUGACACCGUCACACCACCGAGUCCAUCAUGGUUCAAAUAAAUGGUGCCUUGACAAGAACUACGGCAGCGUGUUCAUUCUUUGGGAUCGCCUUUUCGGUACAUUUGAAGCCGAAAGACCAGACGAACCAAUAGUUUACGGCCUCACUUCCCAACUUCAGACUCACAAUCCCAUCUGGCACGAGUAUUAUCACAUCAAGGAAAUCGUCGUCAAAGCCAAGAACAUGGAGACGUGGGGUGACACAUUCAAAGCCUUGUUCUACGGCCCUGGAUGGGUACCGGGCGCCCCGAGGCUUGGUGACCCAGACACCUUCCCGGACAUCCGAGCUCCGAGGGAGAAGUACAACCCCAUAUUGCCCGUGUGGCACAUAGGGUACUGUGUCGUACACCUCUUCUGCACGCUCAUUCUAAAUCAAGUACUCAUCCAUAGGCACCUUCAGGAAUGGUCCUCAUGGCUAACAAUCUGUUUGUACAUCAUCUUCAUCUUCGCUUCCGUCGGAAUCUUUGGGGGCAUGUACGAUGGCAGAUGGUGGGCACCUCCUGCGGAAGCACUCCGAUGCGCCCUGUACACCGCCUAUGCCCGCACAGUACCCGUGACCAGCAUACCUAUUCUAGACGCCGCCCUCUAUUCAUGUUACGGCAUUUCCAUGAUUUUCUGGACAUCCAGGACGAUCUUCACCAUGAAGCCAUACGUCAAGAUGCUCAAACUGGCUUGAAAGUAACAGUUCCGCUUAAUUACUUUACGGUAACAUUGAAAAGCACCUUGAAAUAAUCACCAAUUCACAAUGAAAUAUGACAAAAAAAAAAACACUCCAGCAAAAUACCUUUAUUCAUAAAAGGAAGUAAAAGAUUAAGUCAUACAUUCUUUGUUUGUGAACUAAUCACAAUCCUGCACACAAAAAAGUGGCCUCGUUUUUAUGCAUUUAAAGCAAGGAUGUCUAAAAAAUCAAAUCAUGUCAAAAUUAUAACCCAGUUGCAACCAGAGUUAUUUUUCAACACAUUUUAAUAAAAGAUGUAAAGCAUAACAUCACCAACUGAACUACGGAGCACAAAGGAGACUGUCCAGUAAGUUAUUCCCAAAAAAACACAGGCUACCUAGCGCCAACUUUUCAGCAGUCAUGCUGCAGAAGAAAUGCUGAUGUAAUCUAUUCUAAUAAAUGACUGGCAAUGACAACCCUUUGAAUAUUAAAAUAAUGUUUAGCUAUAAAGGAUGAAGCAGAGUUGAGAGUAGUUCUUUUGUUGAACUGGGUUUCUUCAUUAUUUAAUGGUGUGGCUAAAAAAUGUGUGCCCACUGGUAACUUACACUGAUUACUAUUUUACCAUUAAACACAUCGUCUGACUUCCAAUACAUCAGUUAAUUUAUUUAAUCAGAGAUUAUUUCAGGUACUCAUUUCGCUCCUGGAAAAUACCAUGUCGUCGCUUAAAAGUAGGCCUACUUAACAGUGAGGCAUGUCUGUGGUGAAUGAAUGGGAUGUAAUCAUAAUCACCUGAUAUGAAAAAAAAAUACCAACUUGAAACAAAUGACCAUUAGGCCAAUCGACGUAUUUCGGUGAUGUAGUAGUCCCGCUAUUGACUUGUAUUCGCCUGAGAAUAAUCUUACUUUAUGUGGCUUCAGUCGUAUCGAUUCAUAAGGUCUCUGAAAUGAAUCUUACCUAUACAUAGAUUGCUUCAGAAGUGUUUGGUCGUGGCAAGUCAAUGUUAAUCAUGAAUAAAAUUAGGUCAAGGUUCAGUUGUGUCAUUUUUAUGGUGACUAAGACAUCUGAACGGCUAAAAACAAAUCCUGGCGUACACCCAAGUAAUAUCGGCUGCUUCAGCACUAACUUCUUAUAGCCUAACAAUUAACUUAAGACCAUUUCACAGCCCCCAAGUUGAGGUAGAGUUUUAAACAGUUGGCACUGCACAAAACGGUAGUGAAAAUUGCCCUAACCAGACUAUCAUGGGUAGUUUAACAAGAAUAUUACAGGAUCACUUUUGUGUAAAUUGACUACUUCAGUAUGAGGCCCACUUUAGCUAGGAUGACCAAGAUUUGCACAACAUUUACCAGAUAAUUGAGAGCAAUUACUUAUGGUGCAUUGCCGACUUACCAAGGCCUUUAUACAGUUGCAAUACGCUAAUAAAUGUGCGAGUUUUUAAAUGAAAGCACAAGUCUAAACCCAGCUUAGUUGAGUUACGAAAUAAUAGGAAAUUAUUCGUGAGACUUCCAAAUAACCUGUACCCAAGCCAUUUGGAAUGUAUUGUGCUCCUUUACAUACAUGGAUUAUUUGUCACGAAAAGAGCAAAACAGGAGACCCACUGAAACUUGCCAUGCAGAACAGACAGAGCAUCAUGCCAUAAGGCAAUUGAUUUACUGGGAUCCCGUUUCUGAAGAAAGGAAAGAGGAGACCAGGGCCAAAAGGAGAGAAGAAGAAAAAAAUAAUUUUAAGCAAUUAUUAUCAGCAAAAUUUUCUAUAACACCUCCAACUGGUUUCAAACUAUGUAUAGCAUUACCUCUCACUGCCCCCAAAUUUUAACUCUCCUUGAAAAAAUAAAAAAAAAUACACAUCCCCACUCAAAACAACAAUUUUAAUUUUUUUGGCGCAAGAAAUUCCACAUGUUUCCAAGCUUCAGCUCCACCCACUUCCUUUUCCCCCUCUCCUGUGGAUAAUUACAAGUUUCAGCUCCACCCAUGUCCUUUUCCCGCUUCUCCUGUGGAUAUUUCCAAGCUUUAGCUCCACCCACCUCCUUUUCCCCCUCCCCUGUGGAUAUUUCCAAGCUUUUAGUGCCACCAACUUCCUUUUUCCUCUCUCCUGUGGAUAUUUCCAAGCUUUAGCUCCACCCACUUCCUUUUCCCUCUCUCCUGUGGACAUUUCCAAGCUUUAGCUCCACCCAUUUCCUUUUCUCCCUUUCCUGUGGAUAUUUCCAAUCUUUAGCUCCACCCACUUCCUUUUCCCCCUCUUCUGUGGAUAUUUUCAAGCUUCAGCUCCACCCACUUCCUUUUCCCCCUCUCAGGUGGCUAUUUCUAAGCUUUAGCUCCACCCACUUCCUUUUCCCCCCUCUCCUGUGGAUAUUUCCAAGCUUUGGCUCCACCCACUUCCUUUUCGCACUCUUCUGUGGAUAUUUCCAAGCUUCAGCUCCACCCACUUCCUUUUCCCCCUCUCAGGUGGAUAUUUCCAAGCUUCAGCUCCACCCACUUCCUUUUCCCCCUCUCAGGUGGAUAUUUCCAAGCUUCAGCUCCACCCACUUCCUUUUCCCAUUCUCAGGUGGAUAUUUCCAAGCUUUGGCCCCACCCACUUCCUUUUCCCCCUCUUCUGUGGAUAUUUCCAAGCUUUGUCUCCACCCACUUCCUUUUCCCCCUCUUCUAUGUAUUUUCCCAAGCUUUAGCUCCACCAACUUCCUCCCCCCCCCCCCCCCCCCCCCGAAAAGCUUUAGCUCCACCUUCCUUUUCCCCGUCUCUUGUGGAUAUUUCCAAAGUUUAGCUCCACACUCUUCCUUUUCCCCCUCUCCUGUAGUUAUUUCCAAGCGUUAGCUCCACACACUUCCUUUUUCCCCUCUCCUGUGGAUAUUUCCAAGCUUUAGCUCCACACACUUCCUUUUCCCCCUCUCUUGUGGAUAUUUCCAAGCUUUAGCUCCACCCAAUUCCUUUCCCCCUCUCCUGUGGAUAUUUCCGAGCUUUGGCUCCAACCACUUCCUUUUCCCCCUCUCCUGUGAAUAUUUCCAAGCUUUGGCUCCACCCACCUCCUUUUCCCUGUCUCCUGUGGAUAUUUCCAAGAUUUGGCUCCACCCACUUCCUUUUCCCCCUCUCCUGUUAAUAUUUUCGAGCUUUAGCUCCACCCACUUCCUUUUCCCCAUCUCCUGUGUAUAUUUCCAAGCUUCAGCUCUACAAACUUCCUUUUCCCCCUUUCCUGUGGACAUUUCCAAGCUUCAGCUCCACCACUUCCUUUUCUCCCUCUCCUAUGGAUAUUUCGAAGCUUUAGCUCCACCCACUUCCUUUCCCUCUCUUCUACAUAUAUUUCCAAGCUUUAGCUCAACCCACUUCCUUCCCCCCAGCUUUACCUCCACCCACUUCCUUCCCCCCCCCCAGCUUUACCUCCACCCACUUCCUUUUCCCCCCUCUCCUGGGAUAUUUCUAAGCUUUGGCUCCAUCCAUUUCCUUUUCCCCCUCUCUUGUGGAUAUUUCCAAGCUUUGGCUCCACCCACUUCCCUUUCCACCUCUCCUGUGGAUAUUUCCGAGCUUUGGCUCCACCCACUUCAUUUUUCCCC